AUGCAAAUCACCCGUGAAGGACUUAACAUGCUGACUCCGGAUGGUAACGGUCAAGGCCAUCAGUUGAAGAGUACUCUCUACAAAUUUCAGCAAGUGAGUUAUGUUGAGGCGGUUCUCUUUACACAUAAGAAUAAUAGUCGAAAAACCCAAUUCGCAUUUAUGCCAUUGGAUGAGAAACGCGCAGUUACCUCCCCGGAAAAGCUGUUUUCAACAUUAGAAAAAAAGAAUAGUUAUUUACUGAAGAUGAACCACCAGCCGAUUGUCGUCUGCUUGAUGCGAAGGCAAGCGGGCGUUAAGGCGCUCGACUGUCACGUAUUUAUUUCGCUCUCCCCGACAGACGCCAUGAAAAUCGUUGACUCGUUUACACAUAUGGAACAGCUGGCUUCACAAAGCGAGUACAAAGGAGAGUUUCGUACCGUUCCCCCAAAAGCCAACGCACCGCCACCCGGAAGCCCGUGGGACGGAGUCCACAGACCUGACUACCGACCGUAUACAAAUCCCGCUUACCCAGCAUCGGCCAUACCUGAUUCCAAUCAUCCUCAUGAUGGUCGAUAUCAGUUAAGAGACGAACAUUUCAGAGGAAAUGUAGGAGCGGACAAAUUACCGAAAACAAGUGAGCAGCAAAUAUCCGCAUCUUUUGGCGGGUUGAACUAUCACAACCACCACCCGAUGGCGGCAGGAGUUGCAGGUGGACCAAUGCCAAACUACCCACCGAGAGGUUAUGGUGAGAUCCAAGAACGAGGAAGACCAAUAUCUUCCUAUUUUAAUCAGUCAUCCUCGCAACAACAAUCUCCACACCAGCCACCACUUUCGGCAUCUCACAAUUUGCCAGUCAACCAUUCUAGGGGUAGCUCGUACGAGGAAAGGAUGAGAGAUUAUCCACCCGACCCUCGUUAUAGCUACCCGAGAUACGAACCAAUGCCAAUAUCCCACAGUCAGGACGAACAGUUAUGGAAUGCACCAGGAGCUUCGCCCUAUGAACGUCAAACCAAUGAUCACGGACGGCCACUAUCAGUGGCACACGCACCUCAAAACAACUAUAACCUCGCAGGAAGCAACAACAUAGCCCCCAUGGGAAGAAUAGAUCCCCGACAGGCAUUAUCCACCACCGAUCUACCUUCGCAAAUUACAAGAAAUUCUGGUGUAAACGCUGGCCCUUACAGUCAUAUUCAAGAGGCGAGUCACAUCCCAAGACGCGAAGUUCGUUCGGCAUCUCCCACCAACAGUGGGCCCGCGUUCUCUGCGUCGAACCUUGAAAGCAGACAGCAGCUCAACGAAACUAACACUGCGGGCGGAUUAACAGAGGCUCACAGUAAACCCGUGGCAAAAGUGCCUCCCCACAAAAUUGCUGGGGUAAAAGUUCUGCCUUCAUCUUUCGAACUACCCAAAAGACCUAUUUCACCAAAGCCAACAUACAAAAAUGACGACGAUCCAUUUUGGGAGAAACAGAAGGUACAGUUUCGAAAUCAAGCCACAAACAACAACAACAACAACGUUCCCAACAAUCGAUAUUCUAAUCAGUUCCCGCUUAACAACUACGGUGACUAUCAACAUCCGGGUGCGGCUGUGAUCAACACGAAGCCUGGAAACUAUAGCCAGUCUCCGGCUUCUGACUACUAUCGUAAUAGCUCAGCCCUCCCGGUAAGCCAAUCGGAUAUCUACAGCCAUUAUAACAAUAGAUACUCGCACGAAUAUGGAAACCAAAACGGUAACCCACCUUUCGUCGAUCGUAGAUACAUCGGAGCGGAUUUUGGUGGACCGCCCGGUAUGGAGAGGAGACCACAUUCCUAUUACGACGGUGACCAAUCAAAGACAAGCGGCGAAAAGAGAAAGUCGGAACAAGCCAAUGGAGCUGGCGACGAUAUGAUGCGCAAAAAAGAAGCCGAAAUCGCUUCCAUGUUUCAACACAUGGAAAUUCCAAGUGGAAACCCAAGAGUCCCGCGCUAUGCGUCACAAGCAGAUCUGAACUUUGAACAAUCACUAGGAUAUUAUCCUUAA